AUGCCGCCCUCCGCUGAGAUGCAGUCCCUUUUGGGCGCGGUACUUUCCACGAUCGGACCGGACUCCCUACCCCAGGACUCGCUAGAGCGGCUUAGUCUGAUGUUCAGUGAGCUCGUACUCGUCGCAGCGCUCGACUACAUCGACAGAGACCGCGUUAUACGUAUCGUCAUGCCGUGGGGUAGAACUCACUAUGAAGUUCUCGGCGAGCACUAA